AUUACGCGGUGACCUGUCAGCUGUGUCCGGGACGUAAACAAACAGAGACGUGGAGGCUCUGGCUGGUCACACAUUAACUCCCACCCUAAAAACGGUUUCAUGAUGCCAGUUCAGGCAGAUGGUCCAGAAGAUUACAAAGCAACAUAUAAGACCUUGAAAAGAAAGUUAAAACUCCUUAUUUAUGAAAAUGAGUGCUUCCAAGAGGAACUACGAAAAGCUCAAAGGGCACUACUUCGUGUACGGCGGGACAAAUCUUUUCUCCUGGACCGACUUCUGCAGUAUCAACGUGGCCCAGACUCCUCCUCUGACUCGGAGCAAACAGAAGAAUCUGAUACAGAAACUGACACGAAGAUUGAAGCAAAGAGUUGCAGGAAACGUUUGAGCAUGGAGGGCUCCACCGUCGGGUCCUCCAACUCCCAAGGCUCGGUGACCAAACCACCUUCAAAGAAGAAAAAAUCCAGCAAUAACAACAGUAGCAGCAGCAGCAGUGUCAGUAAAUCCAGCAAACAGAGUGGAAAGCAGAUACCUUUGGGCACAGCAAUUGUAGGUAGUAAUAGCGGUAAUAGUAGCAUCCAAGCCACUUCCAGUUCCAGUGGUAUCAGCACCAAUAAUAACAGCAGCAAUAGUCCUAGCAAUACCACCCCUGUGCGUAAAUUAACUAGCACGCACGUUCUUCCUGGGUCCGCAGCCGCGUUGACUGCUCGUCGUCACGUCCCUGGAAGUGGAGUCGGUGGUACACACACGAAUGAUGGGCAGCUGAGCAGAGAAGAGGUGGAGCGUCGCCUUGCUGCCAGACAACCAAUGAAUGAUUUCACGACAACGACAGUCUCUCUCACGCUACCCAAUCAACUGUUUUCGGACAAUAUUAUGGAGGGCUGUGCCAAGACAAAGUCUCAACCAACUGGUGAUUGGCUGAUACAAAAACAUCUUUGACUGCCUCUACAAAGAACAUCCGUAAACGGGAUUUUAUGGAAGAAGAAGUAGAAACGUCUCCGAGUAACAUAGAAGAUGACGUCACAAUAGACAACUAUGACUGAUCAGGAGAUAAAUCCAUCAUAAGCACAAUGGUAGGGAGUUGGUCUACCUUGCCACGUGAUGAUGUUGGGGCUCGACGUCCCCGCGGCCCAGUCCCCGACCAGGCCUCCUUAGUCUAAAUUAGACUUUUUUUUUCAUAAAAAAUUGCAUUCAAAAUCCUCUGGGUAAAAAUUGUCCAAUUUUGUUGUUGCUAGCCAUGGUUUUCACAUUAUCACAACACAUCAGUGCAUCGUACUAUGAAGAAAGUGUCAAUUCCAGAACUGAAUCCAUAAAAUUAAAAAUAAUAAAAUGUAGAUGAGUUUGGUUUAGUUUUGUAUUAAACUAUUACCUUUUUAAAGAAUUUAAA